GAACCGGAAGUAGCGGUGACGCGCCGGUCCAACAUGGCGGCCGCCUGGGGCUCCGGGCUGCUGCCUCCGGGGGCCGUGGACGCCCAGUUCCUCGGUGUCCUGUGGCUCAUUUCAGUCACCACCAGACCUUGGGGGGCUGCCGCCAUAGUCGCCACCGGGGGCGAGGAGUUGCUUAAGUGCGAGGACCUCAGAGUGGGACAAUACAUCUGUAAAGAUCCAAAAAUAAAUGAAGCUACACAAGAACCAGCUAACUGUACGAAUUACACAGCUCAUGUUCAAUGUUUUCCAGCACCCAACAUAACUUGUAAGGACUUCAGUGGCAAUGAAACACAUUUUACUGGAAACGAAGUUGGUUUUUUCAAGUCCAUAUCUUGUCGAAAUGUAAAUGGCUACUCAUACAAAGUGGCAGUGGCGCUGUCUCUUUUUCUCGGAUGGUUGGGAGCAGAUCGAUUUUACCUUGGAUACCCUGCCUUGGGUUUGUUAAAGUUUUGCACUGUGGGGUUUUGUGGAAUUGGGAGCCUAAUUGAUUUCAUUCUCAUUUCAAUGCAGAUUGUUGGACCUUCGGAUGGAAGUAGUUACAUUAUAGAUUAUUAUGGAACCAGACUUACAAGACUGAGUAUUACUAACGAAACAUUUAGAAAAACACAGUUCUAUCCAUAAGUGUUUUCCAAAAGAAACGGAUUUUGGCUUCCUUGAUUUUAAUGGUGAACACCCUGUGUGUGGAUUUCCAGUUUUCCCUUUGACCUUCUACACAAACCACUUCACUGGGUUCUAGAUAAUUUUUUUUUUUUUGGAUUGUGGCCGGUGCUAGGUUUGAACCUGCCACCUCUGGCAUAUGAGACCGGCACCCUACUCCUUGAGCCACAGGCGCCGCCUGGGUGCUAGAUAAUUUUAUUGGGGUUAUUUUGUUUUGUUAAUUUAGUCAAAAGUACAUAAUUCUGAGAUUUAUUUAAUAGGACUUUCUUUGAGAUCUGUAAAAUAGUCUUCUCAGGCUCCUGUCUCUGUGAGAUAGACGGCUUGUUUCUCUGAUAGUCUUUACUAUCUUCUCCAAAGACAAGUCGCCACUUGUCAUUUUUGCUUCUGAAAAAUAAAAGUAUUAACUUACUCACA